AUGGUUUCCAGUCCCAAGAGGUCGACUUCCCAGACAUAUGGACGGGCAUGCUUGAAUUGCUCCCGGUCCAAGUGCAAAUGCGUGCCAAGAAGCGGCUCGCGACGCUGCGAGAGGUGUCACCGUCUCGACAAACAGUGCGAACCUGGAACGGGGACUCGAGCUAUCAGCGCGAAGCGGAACAAUCCCAUCUCCCGCAUCGACCAACUUGAAGGCAAGGUCGAUGAGCUCGUCUCUCUUCUGGGAUCGUCAUCCGGUCACGGACGCGCAGAGAGCUCCUCGGACGCCAAUGCCGUCUCCUCCAACACCAAUUCGAACCCAUCCUUCAUAACACCCUACGGCUCCAACUACAGCUCACCGGCAGGACUGUCCGCCACCGGUGAAACCGAGUCAUCCGUGCCAUCUAAUGCUGCUGCUUCUGCUGCUGCUGCUGCCACAUUUCAUCCGCUAUCGUCAUCGUCACUGUCUGGCUUGCUGGACCCGAGACUGCCGGAAAGCGAAGCACAGAGCUACUACGUCGACUUUCAAAAAACUCACCUCAAGUAUUUUGCCUUCCUGCAUCUUCCAGAAGACUACCGUCAACUGCGCCGCCAAAGGCCCUUUCUCUUCCUCUGCAUCAUGACGGCGGCAUGCCCGUCCAUGAACAAGAAGUUUGAGCUGGGCGAGAAGGCCAAGAGGGCGCUGACAGACCACAUCUUCCUGGGGAAUCACCCGGGUGCUGUCAAUGUCGACCUGCUGCUCGGCCUGCUUGUGUUCCUAUGCUGGGGACGUGACUAUCUUCUCAUGGGAACGGCCACCAGGGUCCCGCGCUUCACACAGAUGGCCAUGACGCUGGCAUUCGAUAUGCGCCUCAACAAACCGCCACAGGAGGAGUUGAGUAUCCUGCCUGGUGGACCCGGUGCCGGCACUACGACGACUCCUCGAACCAUGGAGGAGAGACGUGCUGUUCUGGCAACUUUUGUCAUGAGUUCUGUCGUCGCCUCAUAUUCCAGCCAGAUCGACGCCAUGCAAUGGACCCCGCACAUGGAUGAAUGUCUAGAGGUCAUGAGCCAGAGUAAAGAAUGCAUCUAUGACGAGAUCUUUGCCUUGCAAGUUCGGGCACAACGAGUGGCCGGCGACGUAGAAAGCGCCAAGGGCACCGUGAUAUCAUCGUCACCAAACUUCUACAUGUCGCUCCUUAAACGAAGUCUAGGCGAUAUCAGAACCAGUAUAAGGCCGGAACUGAAGAGGCACGACGUCCUCUUAGCCUCGCUGUACUACGCAGAACUGAGCAUAUUCAGCCUGAUCCCGUCGAUGAAGGAUGCCCCGGCCUUCCAAAGGCUCGAGUGCCUAUACUCGUGCCUCGAGACGUCGAAGCGGGCCGUCGACGACCUCCUCGCCAUACCGGCUGAUGAGCUGAUCGGCGCGUCGUUCCCCUUCUUCGUCUACAUAGCGCGGUACAUCAUCGUCCUCUGGAAGCUGUCGACGCUCAACGAUCCCAACUGGGACACAGCCCUCGCCCGGUCCACGGUCAACGUCGUCGACGUGCUCAACCGCCUCAUCGACAAGCUACAGCACUCCAAGAUCUCGCGGCCUCACGAGCCGGGCGACUGCUGGCCCCAAAAGGCCGUCAUGCUCUUCGCCAAGACGCGCGAUUUCUGUGCCAGCAACAUGGCCAACCCACCUCCCGCACCUCCUCCUCCUCCUCCCUCCGGUCCUCAACCGUCAGGUCAGGAAGCCAACGCAGACGGAGGUCGUUUCCAUAUCAACACCGCCGCCAACAGUAACAACAACGGCCAAGGUCAACAGCAACCGGUCGACAUGGCUACUGCCGCCACAUUUGACGCUGCCCUCUGGCAGGCAGACUGGCCGGCAGAUGAUUUUACCUGUAGUUUCCUGGGCGAAAACUGCUUUAUAUAA